AUGUUCUCUCGCCUGUCCCAGCCCGCCUUCCUCCGCCGCGCCUGUGCGGCCGCCGCCCCCCGGGUGCUCCCCCGGCCGGGCGCCGCUCGGCCGCCCACCCGGCACCUCUCCUCGGCCCCGGGCGAGGGCGCCCCUACCGCGGGCACGUCGGCCGCCCCGGCCCCGCCGGCUGCUGGUGCCGCCCCGGCCGCCCCGGCCGCCCCGGCCUCCGCUACUUCGACGGCCUCCGCUACUUCGACGGCCUCCAACGCCGGUGCCGCCUCCUCCGGUGCCGCCUCCUCCGGUGCCGCCUCGUCUGGUCCCCGGAACCCCUUCAGCCAUCCCCUCUCCUGGGUCAGCCUGGCCCUGAUGGGUGCUGUCGGGUAUAAGCUGACCGACUAUUUUGAGACCGAGCGCGCCAAGAUGCUCGAGAUUUCCCAGAAGGAGCAGAAGGCCUCCUACGGCAAGCCGCGCCUCGGCGGGCCCUUCGAGCUGAUCAACGCCAAGACCGAGGCCCCCUUCUCGGACCGCGAUCUCCAUGGCAAGCAUGCCCUCCUGUACUUCGGCUUCACCCACUGCCCGGAUGUCUGCCCCGAGGAGCUGGACAAGAUGGUGGCCGCCACCAAGCAGAUCCAGGCCCUGGCCCUGGCCAAGGCCGGUGGCCAGGCCGCCGCCGUGCCCGAGACCCACCAGGUCAACAACGUUUUCAUCACCCUGGACCCGGCGCGCGACACCCCGGCCGCCGUGGCCGAGUACCUGUCCGACUUCGACCCGAACUUCAUCGGGCUCACCGGCACGCGCGAGGCCCUCGGCCAGGCGGCCCGCGCCUACCGCGUCUACUUCUCGCCCAUCCCCCAGUCGCUGGGCGGCGAGGAUUACCUGGUGGACCACUCGAUCUUCGUCUACCUGCUGGACCCGGCCGGUCGCUUUGUCGACUUCUACGGCCAGAACACCCCCGCCGAGGAGAUGGCCACCGGCAUCUGGGAGCACAUCCAGUCCUACACCCCGCCGACCGAUGUUGAGCCGGCUGCCGGGCCCACCGGCAAGGUCCAGCCGGUCCCGGCCCCGGCCUCGGCCACCAUCCAGCCGGCCGCCCCCGCUGCCGCCGCCGCCGCUCCUGCCUCCUCCUAGUCACGCCGCCCUUGAAGGGCGUCUGGCCAGCCCGCGCAAAAGACAGCGAACGAGGCCCGGCGACCCGGAGCCGAGAUGCCGUCCCGCCACAUCUCGCCCCUCCCCGUCCCUCCCCGUCCCUCCCGGCCUCUUCAGCGCGCCCCCUCCCCCCCCUCCCC